AUGGAGCCUGAAUGUGAUGCCAACGCGUCAUCAGCUCCUGCGUUCGGCAUGACCAUCGUCGCACAGUACACAGAAAGGGUGCUAGCCAUCGACCCGGUGAUCGGGGCCAUCGCCGCGGGCAACGCGGUGGUGCUGAAGCCGUCGGAGGUGGCGCCGGCCACGUCGUCGCUGCUCGCCGACCUCCUCCCGCGGUACGUGGACCCCGCCUGCGUCAGGGUCGUCCAGGGCGGCAUCCCGGAGACCACCGCGCUCCUGGAGCUCAAGUGGGACAAGAUCUUCUACACAGGUAACAGCAAAGUGGGACGGAUUGUCAUGUCCUACGCUGCCAAGCAUCUGACUCCCGUGGUCUUGGAACUCGGCGGCAAAUGCCCUGUCGUUGUCGAUUCCAACGUCAAUCUCCACCUGGAGUCCCUGAAGAAAGUGCUGGGCAAGUUCUACGGGGAGGACCCGCUGCGGUCGCCGGACCUGUCGCGCAUCGUCAACUCCAACCAUUUCAACAGGCUGAGGGCGCUCAUGGACGACGAGACGGUCGCCGGCAAGAUCGCCUUCGGUGGCCAGAGCGACGAGCAGCAGCUGCGAGUGGAUUGGAUUUUACAGCAAGCACCAGAAAGGAUCGCCCCUACGCUGCUGCUGGAUGUCCCGCUUGAUUCUGCAAUCAUGAAGGAGGAGAUUUUUGGGCCCCUGCUUCCCAUAAUCACGGUUGACAAGAUCAGCGAGAGCUUCGCCGUGAUCAACUCCAUGACCAAGCCGCUGGCAGCUUACCUCUUCACCAACGACAGCCGGCUCAAACAACAGUUCGAGAGGAACAUCUCAGCAGGAGGGAUAAUAUUCAACGACACCGGCUCAAACAACACGCUGGCGAAGCUGAGCAUCCUCAGGGGCAACCCGCUGGCCGUGGUCCAGGCGGCUGUUGGGUGUACAGGAGGAAGGGCAUGA